CAAUUCAAUCGUCCCGGGACCCGUCCGCCAAAAGUUGGGGGGACUUUGGCCUUGCAAAUAAAUCCUAAUUCAGCUUUGUCAAACCGUCAAAAUUCAGGGUUAUGAGACGUGAUGUAGCCGCGACAAUAUCAUAUUGCAAGAGCUCGGCCAAGGUGGUGGUGCCUGUGUUGGUGACCCAAGGGCGAUGGUUUUCUCUGUAAUGUUUCGAUAUACCUGGUUUGUCAAGCCAAUAUCUUGGAAUGCGGGCGGGAUGCGCGCCGGUGACGGAGGUCCACAUCUUGAGCUAGCCAUGAAUGAGGUCUGGAACGGGCUCGACCCACACCGACUUAAUGUCUGGACCUUCGAGCCUCUUGCCGAAAUCGUUGCAGUGCGGGAACAGCAGCGUCUUGUCGACGACUUCAAACCCAUGAGAAAGGGACUUUAUGUGUAGGGUGCGCUUGAACGAGCGUUA